GUUAUUGUUACUAUAUGAUCAACCCGAUCUUCAUAAAGGCAUCAUUCGGACUUUAGAUUCCGUCGUGUUCAGAGAAAGGAAAAUGAAGUGGUGCCACUUAUUUCUAACUGGCUUAUGGUUAGCGACGGCCAAUUCCAGCUAUAAUUAUUAUCGACUGCCGUCAGUCCUUAGACCUCUAAAGUAUGACUUGCGCAUCUUAACGCAGCUGGAAAAUCCGGAGGAUUUUCGCUUUGGCGGAACUACGAAAAUUCAGAUUGAAGCUCUGGAGAACACCAACAACAUUAUUUUGCAUUCGAAGGAUCUGACCAUUGAUGAGUCCCAGAUCACUCUUCGUCAAAUUAGCGGAGAAGAGAAAAAGGAUAACUGCGUAACCUCCACGGAGGUUAAUCCAACCCACGACUUUUAUAUUCUCAACACCUGCCAAGAACUUUUAGCUGGCCAUGUGUAUGAGUUGAAUUUGCCCUUUUCGGCCAAACUAAAUGACCAAUUAGAGGGAUAUUACAGAAGUUCCUACUUUGAUUCUGCGGCCAACGAGACGAGAUGGAUCUCCAUUACACAUUUUGAACCAGCUUCGGCUCGAUUGGCUUUCCCUUGCUUCGAUGAACCUGGCUAUAAGGCACCCUUUGUGAUAACCUUGGGCUAUCACAAGAAGUUUACGGGUCUCAGCAACAUGCCCGUGAAGGAAACAAAGCCACAUGAGUCUAUUCCCAAUUACAUAUGGACGGAAUUCAAGGAGUCUUUGCCGAUCUCCACCUACUUGGUAGCAUAUUCCGUGAACGAUUUCUCCCACAAACCUUCCACCCUACCAAACGGCGCUCUUUUCCGUACUUGGGCAAGGCCGAAUGCCAUCGAUCAGUGUGAUUAUGCCGCAGAGUUUGGACCGAAAGUUCUCAAAUACUAUGAGGAAUUGUUCGGCACUAAGUUCCCGCUCCCAAAGGUCGAUCAGUUCGCCGUGCCCGACUUUAAUAUUGGUGCAAUGGAAAACUGGGGCUUGGUUACUUACAGAGAAACUGCACUUCUGUACUCCAGCGAAUUUUCAUCACUAAAGGAUAAACAGGAACUUUCCAAUACAGUAGCUCAUGAGUUGGCCCACCAGUGGUUCGGAAAUCUGGUGACCAUGAAGUGGUGGACAGAUCUCUGGCUUAAAGAAGGUGUGGCCACCUAUGUGGCUUCUUUGUGCGUGGAAUACAUCCAUCCGGAGUGGCGUUCAAUGGAACUAGAAUCGUUGUCCAACUUGCUAGCCAUAUUUCGAAAAGACUCCUUGGAGAGCAGCCAUCCCAUUUCAAGACCCAUUGAAAUGGUUUCCCAGAUUUCUGAGAGCUUCGAUGAGAUCUCGUACGAGAAAGGAUCAUCAGUUCUGCGAAUGAUGCACCUAUUUCUGGGGGAGGAGUCAUUCCGGACCGGUCUAAAAUCGUAUCUAGAAAGGUAUGCUUAUAGGAACGCGGAGCAGGAUAAUCUAUGGGAGUCACUUACUCAAGCAGCUCACAAAACUGGUUCUUUGCCCAAGGACUUUGACAUUAAAACCAUCAUGGACUCAUGGACUCUUCAAACCGGAUAUCCCUUGGUUAAUGUAACCCGAGACUACGCGGCAAAUACUGCAAAACUCAGUCAGGAACGCUACCUUCUAAAUACCGACAAAUCUAGAGCCGGAAAUGGAUGUUGGUGGGUGCCACUUAGCUAUACCACUCAAGAGAAGAAGGAUUUUAACAAUACGGCUCCCAAAGCUUGGAUGGAGUGCAGCAAGACUGGAGAGAGUCAAACCAAGACAAUCCCAGACCUACCAGGGCCCGAUCAAUGGGUGAUCUUCAACAAUCUUUUAUCAUCGCCUUAUAAGGUCAACUAUGAUGCCCAAAACUGGAAGCUACUUAUAGAGACCUUAAACAGCGAACAGUUCCAAAGCAUUCCCGUGAUUAACAGGGCCCAGCUUAUAGACGAUGUCCUGUACUUUGGCUGGACAGGGGAGCAGGACUACGAGAUCGCCUUGCAAUUGAUAAAUUAUUUGCAUCGAGAGCGAGAGCUUCUCCCUUGGAAAUCGGCUUUCGAGAAUCUAAAGUUACUGAAUCGCAUUGUCCGACAGACACCAAACUUUCAGUUUUUCAGGAGUUAUGUGAAACAGCUAAUCACACCUAUAUACAAACACGUGAAGGGCAUUAACGACACAUUUAGUUCAAUUCAACAGCAAGAUCAGAUCCUCCUGAAGUCGAUGGUGGUCGAUUGGGCGUGUCAGUACCAGGUAGCAGAUUGUGUGCCCCAGGCCUUGGCCUACUACCACAACUGGAGAUCGGAGGUAAAUCCCGAUGGGAAUAACCCAGUUCCGAUUAAUGUGCGAAACACUGUUUACUGCACUUUGAUAAGGCUUGGAUCCGAUGAGGAUUGGGAGUUCCUGUGGACGCGUUACAAAAAUUCGAAUGUGGCAGCCGAAAAGCGGACCAUUUUGACGGCUUUGGGUUGUUCGAGGGAGGUGUGGCUGCUGCAGAAGUAUUUGGAGCUGAUCUUUGACCCCAAGGAGGAAAUUCGCAAACAGGACUCCAAGUGGGCCUUCCAGGCGGUGGCCAAAACCGACAUUGGCUUCCUGCUGGCCAAAAAGUACUUUAUGGACAAUGUGGAGUUUAUAAACAAUUUCUACCAUCAACUUACCAGAAGUUUGACUCGUCUCCUAGAACCCCUUGAAAAGCAGGUCUUUAAUCGAAAAGACUACAAUGAGUUCAAAGAAUUUGUAAUCAACUCGAAAAGGUCUUUUAAGGGUUCGGAGGAGGCGAUUCAACGAACACUGGAGGUAAUGCUGACCAAUGUGCAAUGGAAGGAGCGAAAUUAUGACCAAUUCACCCGAGCCAUUAAACAACUUCUGUAAACUAGAGAUGAAUUUAUAAUGAUAUCAUUCAAUUUCUUACGGCUAACAA